GUGCGCUUCCAAACAACAUGGCGAAAUCGAAGGACAAAAAGAAAGAGAGCGAAAGUGGAGAAUCAAACGAUACUACUGUUGACGAAUCAAGGACUGAAGAACCUACCUUAGACUACGAUGAGCUUGUUAAGAGAGUCUGUGCGAUUGCAAAACCACUUGCUGGAAGAAAACUCACAAAAAGAUUGUACAAAACAGUGAAGAGAGGUUAGCGUCAUAUUUCAGAAGGUUUGAUUGAACUUCUAAAUAAGAAUAUUAUUAUCGGAUCAUGUAGUCGUGAUUCGCUUAUAGAUCCAACGAUGAUCAUCAAAACAAAAAAAAACACAUUUUAGGUUACCGUAUACAAGUACGAUUUCUCGUGGUUUAUUUAGAAAACCGUGCAAAGUUUAUAAGUUGAAAGUUAUCCAUAUCCGUUCCAGGGGUCCAUUAUGGUCCUAAAUUAGAGAAGAAUUUUUUUGUUGUUGUUUUUGUUGUUGUUGUUUUUAAAUCAAGGUUGGUCUUGAUAUUAAAAUUUGAAGCAUCAAGCCUUGUAAAAAAUUACAAAAUCUGCAUAAUAUUGCCUAGCUGACAUAAAACCGAAUGGUGUUGUCACUGGUACAAGCACGUUUCAGAUGAUCAAUAACAUUAUAAUGCCUCUACCAAUAUACUGUUGUACAAUACUUUGAUGAAUGUUAAGGCAAAAAAAAUAUAUGGUCACUUAAUUUGUUUAACACUUUAACUGUAAUUUGCUCUGAAUGAUUACUUUGCAGCUUCUAAAGUUAAGAGUUUAAGAAGGGGAGUCAAAGAAGUAGCAAAAGCUUUAAGAAAAGGAGAGAAGGGGUAAGAUUUUUUAGUGGUCUAUGUGCAUGGUCAUUUUUGGUUAAAAGUAAGUUGACACAAAUGCUACAGUGGAACCUCGAUAAUUCAUUAAAUAAAGAACCUCUAUAUAACUAAGCCCUUGAUAUAAUGAACAAUUUUCCUUACCCCAAUAAUAGUAAAAUAUAUGGGAAAGAACCUUGAUAAAGUGAACAAAUUUUGCCAGUCCCUUGGCCCUUCAUGAUAUCAAGGUUCCACAGUACUGAGUCACUUAAAUGCAUUGUUUUCAUUGCAAUCAAAACAUGAGAUAUAGUGGAGAUAUACAUGAGAUAUAGUGUCAAGAAUUUUUAAGAAGGACUUGAGGUGAACAGAUGAAGACAGACCAACAAAACAGUGUGUCCAGUGUUUGUUAUGGUGUAGUUUAUCAGUGGACUUUAAAGGAACAGUAUCCCGUUACUGCUCAUGCACCAAACUUUGAUUUUUGGACAGGAUGUCGCAAAAUCAAAAGAUGCAAGGAGAGUAAGAGAACCUUGAAGAAUCCGUUUGCAUCGCGCUUGGCUGAGUUCGAUACUACACUAAAAUGUCUCAGGAUUACAGAUCAAUGAUAUAUUGUUCCUGUUGAGUGUUGAUUUGGGCGAAAUCGGGAUUUUUGGGGGUGACUUUUAUUGCCGUUGGCCAGAGGACCAAAAGAUGGGAAGCACCUUUAUGGCGAUUGAAGGCUUAUUUCUUCUGCCAGCUUCCUUACAGACUCAGAUAAUUGUGAAAGGAAUACGCAGAAAUGAAACAGCAACAAUGGAGACUAUAAGAAAGAAACCAUUGAGACAUGGAUGUGACUGAGGAGAUCUUGUGGAAUUAAGCUUCGUGAAGCAGAAUGUUUCGCAACGAUGCGUUAGUAAAGUUUUAAAUGAACCUCCCUACGGCCGACAAAAUCAAACAAACAGGUGCUACUUGUUUAGAAAAACUAGUGCAACAAAUCAUAAUAUAAUUUUUGACUAACCUUUGCAAUAAUUCAUCGCAUUGAGAUUGCAUUUAUAUAUAUAUCUUUCAAAUGUUUGAGGCUAGAACGUGAGCAAAUCAAGCAAGUAUUACUGAACUUGGAACAAUUGACCUCUGACACGAGUUUCACAUUAGAAAAGCUGUUUUUAAAGCGAGUGGAAUGAGAUUUUCGGGUCACGAGUGGCCCUGCUAGUGAAAAAAUCGCGAUAAGUCUUCGUGCCACGAGCCAAAUUUUAAAUAAGAUGAAAAACUUCUUCGAAAGUCUAAAAUAUUACUUGAGAAUGUAAACAACAAAUCUCCGUUGGCGGUGCAGUCUGGAAGGAAAUCUUGUCUAGUCAAUAUGACAGUCCUAUUGUCUUUUGAAGAAAAAACAGAUCACGCUCGCGUGUGCUCACAAUCAGGACACUGUGCCUUUAAUUCAUGAAGAAAUUUCCAGCUAGAUUUCACAAAUUUUAAGGUACACUGAACUUAAUGUUCUAUAAGUAAACCUGGUAUUUAUAGGCUUUGUUUCCUUCCAGCUAUGAGUUAUUGGCAUAAUCGAGACACAGCUUCUUACAUGUAUUUGUUUAAGUAUUGUGAAAUUUGUUUGGAUCAUAGCUAGACUAUUCAUAUCAUUACUUCCAUGCACUGGCAAUAAACAAGUGUAUAAACAAGGUUUGAAUGAAUCUUUCUUUAAUUGCUUCAAUUUGGAGAAAAAAAUGGCAUAUUCUGUUUAUCAGGCAUCACUGCUUAUUGAAAACUAUCUUAAGCUGUAGUGUUACUGUUUACAUUAUGUAUCUGAAAGAACUGUUUGCAUGAAACUUACAUGUACCUACCAGUAUCUGCUAUUAGACUGUAGAAUUUUUUGUACAUUUUACUUGAUCAGUAAGUAUAUUGACAGAUAAGUCAGUCAAUAAGUUCAUGAUAUUCUUUAUAAUCCUGAUUAAAAAACGUCUCAGGUAAAAGGUAUACUGAAUAAACCAUGAUUCUGUUUGCGUUUUAGGUUCGUGGUUAUUGCCGGUGAUAUCUCCCCAAUUGAUGUCAUAUCACACAUCCCAGUAGCUUGUGAAGACAACAAAGUUCCAUAUGCAUAUGUUCCUUCUAAGUUUGUGAGUCAUGUUUAUGUGUUUUAACCUUCACUGCAAUAUAAAUUUAUCAUUAAGUGUAAGUACUGUUACAGGUGUAAAUAUUAAUCUUCUACUCUGAAUUUAUAUUCAUUGAAACAACUCCUUCUUAGACAGACACUGUAAUGGGAACUACUUAAAUUGUCUAAGUCUUAAAGAGGUGUCCAUCUUAUACAAAAGUGACUAAAGAACUGCAGAGACCUUGUAAGGUUAGCGAGGUGUCCAUCUCAAUAAUUUUUAUAGAGGUGUCUGACAAGGCAUUAAGUCACUAUGUUGAUGUAAAAUUUGCUAGAGUGUUUCUGGACUUAAUGAAAAAAAAAACAAAGACGAAAUCAGCAAUUCCUCACGAGUGAAGAACACAUAAUCAAGUAAAGGAUACUGACAUCUGUUAACUUGACCAUGUGAUACUCUUUUUCACUUGUUCACCCAUCCCAGGGCUUGAAGAAAAUUAGAUUUAAAACUAAAGUAGCAUCUUUGUCUUAUUAAUUAGCCUAUGAUUUAGUUAGAAGAUGACUUGUCUGAACCUCCUGCCCAUCAACGAAAUGAGCAUGAAAAGUUAUAGUCUGAAAUGUCAUCAGUCCCUUCCCCUCACCCCCUACCCCCCCCCCCNAAACGACCCACAAGUAUCGUAAUGGUGAAGUCCCAUGAUGAUAUCAAGGAACACUAUUCAGAGUGUUUAUCAGAAGUCAAGAGUCUCCCUCUUCCUUUGUAGAUGUCUUUGAACAUUUGCCACCAGAGCUGUUAUUUUUUGUCAUGAUGUAAUUGAAGGGGAUGGGAAAUAAGGCUCUAAAUGACUCCUGGUCUAAUGCCAAAUUCUCCCUUGAAUUAGCUAGCCUCAAACCAGGAAAACUGAAAGGAGAAUCUAGCAGUAUUUAUCCCAAACAUUUUUAAUGAACCCUGUACUGUUAAAGCCCCUAUGCAUAGAAAUUCUCCAGACUGAUCCAAAUCAAUAACUUAAAGAAUUAUAGUUAACGUAACCUCUCUCUUGAUGAUGUAUUGAUAAAAUUGUUGUUUAGGAGAAUAUUGAUGUUGGUCACUCUUAAGAUAUACACUGUACAGGAUUUAAGUGCAUUUACAGGAGCAAGUUUUGCAUAAACGUUUAGCUUUGAUUACUUUUGCAGGAAGAAAGGGUAGUCUAAUGCUGACUAUGUAAAAAAAAAUGUUGUACAUUAGAAACCAACAUGUAUUUUUCUUAUAUUUCUCUUGUCAAUAACCCCUUCCUCCUAAAAUUUACUUCUAAGUGAAUUUAUGUUACUGCUACAUGUAUUCAAUUUUAAGUCAGUUUACUUUCCCUUGGUAGGGAAAUGCAUUUUUUUAUAGCAUGGAAAACAGAAAAAAAUAAAAUACAUUUUUCUGAACACGUACAUGAACCUGCCAUUAUUUUUUGUGUGUAUAUGUGCAAAUGUUAUAUUUUGUUAGUUACAGUUGUAUAUUGUGCAUACAAUGUACGUCAGCUUGCCCUCCCAUUACCGUGUCUGUUAGCAGUAUGUUCAAAUUUGAUCCAUAUCCUGCAUGGCGAUUUUUGGUAUGACAUUUUUCCAUUUUAAGGUUAUUUUCCGAUCCUUCAACAUUGCAUCAGACAGGGGGUGCAAAACUUUAUAUUGGGAGGGUCCGCCCUGAGGUCCAUCCUCUUACCCUUUUAUAUGCCUUUUUGGACAGAAAAGGUACCCCUUUGGUAUACCUUUUAUUGACAAAUGGUACCUCUUAUAAACUAGUUUAGAACCCUGCGUUCGUUUCAACUGCUGCAAAUGCAUCGUCUUUUAAAUGUGAAUAAAUCAUGAAACCGGAAAGUUUUCUUGUCUUUUUUACAGCCAUAAAAUGCCCCAUUUUAGGCUCUUCCACACACCGCAAUGACAGAUUUCCCCACCCUUUGAUAUAACCUAGGUGAAAAAGGUACCCCUUUCGGGUACUCUCAAAAAUGACCUAUAGGGAGGCUCCAGGCGGAGUGGAAUUUCAGUUUUCCAGCAAGGAACUGCAGAGGUGGCGAUCCGCAAAGAAAAGAACAGGGAAGACUUUUACAUACAUUGGACGCUCUCUUAAGCUCUGCUUACAGCCGCCAUGAAAAUAAAACCCCGUUUCAACUCACAAGCUAUGUAGGCCAGUUAUUUAAACGGAAUUUGUAGUCAGUGGUUAACAAAACCGCGCCCUAAGCCAUUUUUAGUUUGAUCAACGCUUUUAUCUAAAUGCCAUUUAAGGUGAACAGUUUCAUUAAAGCGUAUAGUGACUAGAAAAGAAGUUUUUUUUCAUAAAAUAACCCACAUGCUAAGAAAGAGAUCUGGAGGUCCGAAGAUUUGCUAAACCGCGGUCUAAGUUAGACAUGGUUUAAAUAACCGCUCGACCCCUUAUUUCUACAUGUCCGUAAACGGACGUGAAUAGGACUAGGAAAAACUCGACUUCGCCGAGAAUGGGCCGUCAUCAGCAGGGAGAGGAAACUGCUAGUAGGUCUUAGGGCCUGUUUAUAUGGAGUGGGGGACCCCGGUCUAGUGGGGUUGGUUUCUUUUGUUUUCACGUUCUGGGGGACACAACACAAAAGAAACCUACCCCACUAGACCGGUGUCCCCCACUCCAUGUAAUCAGGGUCUUAGUCAUUAUACAAUUGGACAGGGAGAAAACUUCGCACAAGAACAAUGCAAGCCAGAAUGACACCAAACAACUGUCACCAACCGGAGGAAAAGAUUGUUGUUGCAUUCGACGUAAAACGUAUUCAGAUUGGGUUAAUACAGAUUGAGUUAAGAGUGUAUGGGACAAAUGUCUUACCAAGUGCGGCUCUGAUAUGAGUUUAUGCGCUUAACUUUGCGCCUUUUUUGGUCUUUUACACUGACAAAGAGCUUAGUUUUAAACUUACAAAACAAUAAUAACAUAAAGCGACGAAUGCGAAGCUGGCGGUUUUGUUUGGGCAUCGCGGAAAUGGGCGGGACGCGAGCUCAUUUACGCGUGGGUCAAACAAAACCACCUCCGAUCCCGCCGAAGGCUGAGGCAAACAACUGAUCGAUCUGCAAGACACUGACAGAUCACGAUAUUUUACGAUAACCGAGCUCAAUAAUUGUUUUUUCAUUCGAUCACCAAGUUUGUCUUGGGCGAUCGAAAGAAGGAGCAUUCUCGUCCCCAGAGCCCGUCGUUUCUUCGUCACGUGGUCUUGUAAGCCAAGUUGCUCUGGGGUUGCUCUGGGGACGAGGAUGAAGAAGGAGAAAAGCGUGGUUUCGUUUACCCUUGAGCAGAAUAUUAUUUGCAGCCAACAGUUGGACGACAUUUCGCAUGAGCAGAACAUUAUUUGUAGGCAGUUAUUCGCAGGUCACGUGGUGGAUUGUCGGCCAAUAAAAAGGAAGAAAUUUGCAUCGAAUGAUAAUAUAUUUUGUUAGUUAUAUUUUGCAUGCAAUGCAGGCCAGCGUGCCCUCCCUUUAUUGUCUGUUACGACAUUCAGGCUUUCCCCCUUAUCCAUUUACUAAGACCCACUAGCAGUUUCUCCUCCCUGCUAAUGAAGACCCAAUACGAAGUCGAUGUUCCCCCGGCCAGUUUUACAUCCUCGGGCAUGCGCCCAGCAAAUGCCCUGCUUUACAUGACGUCGCGUCCGCCAUGUUGGUGUUUUAAAACAAUAAAACGGCGGCCAUGUUGAACUUUUUCUUAUGUAGAAACUUUCUUUUGUUCCGAAAAAUUGGCCUGGCGGCUGUCCACGGGAGAGAAAACGCUCUGUUGGCUUUAUUUUUCUUUGCGUGCAUAUGAACAUCUCUGUUCUUUUCUGUGCAGAGCGCCACGUCCGCUGUUAAUCGCACCUGGAAUAUCACGUGGUAGGCGGGCAUCUGAAUGUCUUAACAAGUGCACUCUGAUAUAAUUUAUGCGCUAAAAUCUUCGCCUUUUUUGGUCUUUUACAAUGUCAAAAAGCCUAAGUCUUAAACUUACAAAACAAUAAUAACACAAACGAAAAUGCAAAGCUGGCGGACUUGUUUGGACAGCGCGGCUGUGAGCUCAUUUACGCGAUGGAACAAACAAAGACCACCAAGAAGAAGAGCUUCCCUAAAAUAAAUCCUUGCGGAUAUAUUUUCAAACAUGCGAUCGACCCUGGAGAGAAACUAGAAGAUCUGUGAAAAGGCUGGAAGAAAGUAAUUGAUCACAACUUGUGCUUGAAUGGUUGCACUGGAAAAUUUUAAAACAAAAUUAAUGAAUAAGAUGAAUGUAUGAACUAUUUGAAAGAAUUAACUGUUCCAGUUAGAAUUACUUAAAAUACAGUGAAAUUAACAAUGGCAUUUUUGAUCAGGAACGGUUUUUGGAAUCGCCACAGACAAUUUCUUCAACAGAAAACUAAAUACGAAACACAUUGAUCCAUUGCAGUGAUGGGCCAGACUUCUUUCUAUUACACGUUAUAACGUAGAUUAGUUUCACAGUUUCGCGCAUUAUUAUCUCUUUUUAACGAGCUAGAAUUUUUGAACAAUUGUUACGUAAGAUUUACCCUUUUCACCCCUACAAAGGGUUUGAAAAAAAUUGAAUUUAAAAUAAAAGAACUCUCUUUUGUUAUUAAAUAACCCUUUAAUUUUAUUAAAAAUGAAUUGUUCUAACCCCCCCCCCCCCCAACAAAAUAGGAUAAAAAGUUAUAAUCUGAAAUUGCAUCCGGCCCCUCCCCCCCCCCCCCCCCCCCCCCCCCCCCCUUCCCCCUUGAGGUAGGGUGAAGAGACAGAUGACAUAUCAGACUAGAAAAGUUACAUAGAAACCUGACAGGGCUUUUUUUUAUCCCCACAUCACUUAGAGGAACCUGUCAGAACCAGGUUCUUUUGAAUUUUUAGCUUUGCCACUUCUCUGUUGACAGUUAAAUGGUGUUUAUAAUUUCAGGACCUUGGGGCUGCAAGUCAAACUAAACGACCCACAAGUAUCGUAAUGGUGAAGUCCCAUGAUGAUAUCAAGGAACACUAUUCAGAGUGUUUAUCAGAAGUCAAGAGUCUCCCUCUUCCUUUGUAGAUGUCUUUGAACAUUUGCCACCAGAGCUGUUAUUUUUUGUCAUGAUGUAAUUGAAGGGGAUGGGAAAUAAGGCUCUAAAUGACUCCUGGUCUAAUGCCAAAUUCUCCCUUGAAUUAGCUAGCCUCAAACCAGGAAAACUGAAAGGAGAAUCUAGCAGUAUUUAUCCCAAACAUUUUUAAUGAACCCUGUACUGUUAAAGCCCCUAUGCAUAGAAAUUCUCCAGACUGAUCCAAAUCAAUAACUUAAAGAAUUAUAGUUAACGUAACCUCUCUCUUGAUGAUGUAUUGAUAAAAUUGUUGUUUAGGAGAAUAUUGAUGUUGGUCACUCUUAAGAUAUACACUGUACAGGAUUUAAGUGCAUUUACAGGAGCAAGUUUUGCAUAAACGUUUAGCUUUGAUUACUUUUGCAGGAAGAA